GCUUUAGUAUAUAAAGCCUACUGGAAUGACAACAAAUAUCAGUUCAACUUUAUUUUUUCCUUUCGGUAGCCUGAUAUAGAACCACUGAAGAAGCUAAUGAUGAAGUUGUAUCUUAGCAUCUUGCUCUUGUUUUAUCUAAUGAAUGCAAAGUAUAACUUUGUAACUCCUGUAACAUCGAUGACUGUCGUAAAACCAGGCAACAAAGAAGAUGUUGAUGAAGGCGCUGCAGAUGAGUCUGCCCACGACUGUCCUCCCCCUGCACCUACUGUACCUGUUUACAAACCCUCAACCCAGCACGCUCCUCGUAGAGUUUUUUUCGGAGAUCCCCAUUUCAUGGUGAAACUGAAAAACGUCACUUUCCCUAUAUGUUACGAAAUUCCCACAAAAGCAGAACUGAUGACGUUAAUAUAUGAUCCAGUAUUACAAAUCAACGUGACGGCGAAAAUGAUUGAAGGUAGAGGAAGUUAUAAAGCCGGUCAUCCAAACAUAACAUACAUCGGUAAAAUUUAUAUUAGGACUGCCGAUGUAGAAAUAAUGAUAGCAACACAUGAAAUAGUAUUCGACGGUAAACGCCUAAUUUGGAAGCGCGUAACAGAUAUCGCCUUUUCUGGAGCAUCUUGCGAAGUGAAUGGAAAAGGAAUAUUUGUGCAAAUAAAAAUUAGUCCUGGUUUAACGUUUCUUAUCCGACGGAACUUAUACAAUUAUAUGGGCCCUAAAUAUGGUUAUUUAACUUUCUUCCUCCUGAACGACAAAGGAUUCUCUCCAAAAGUAUCUGGAGUUAUUGGUCGUUUCAUUCCAAUGAAGGGCCACCUUAUGAAACAGCACAAAAUUUCAGAAGAUAAAACCGAAGCAAUGUUGAAACUUACGGAGCCGAGAAAACAUUACAAGCGAUCUGUUCACACAUUCCUGCAAAUAAUGCCAGGUUUAAUGUCUGCUGUAAUUCCAUGCUGGAAGAUAGACAUUGAUAAGCUUUGUUUUUAACUAAAUCACAUGAAUUUAUAUUUCAUCAAUAUUUCAUAUCUCUAAGAACCCUAAAUUGUAUAGCUAUGGGUGACUGAAACAUUCACCCAAAUAAAUAAUCUUUGCUUAAGAA